UGUCGAUGAGGUAAAAUUAUCUGCGUUACCGAAGGAAGACAGCGAUGAUGGAGGAACCCACGAGGGUGAAGAGAAAACGUGUCAGUAAAAACAAGAAGAAAUCAUGGCGAAAACACACCGACAUCACAGAUGUGGAAGAGGCAUUAGACGACGAGAGGAUGCAACAAAGAACUGGUGGUCUUGCUGCUGAAAAACCAGAUGAAACCUUGUUUUUUGUGGAUAAAGCCACAGACAACGAAGAAGUUGUUGGCAGACGACGUUUAAGACCAUUAAGAUGUUAUGCCAAUUUAGAACCAGAUCUUAAUACUGUCCCAGCAUUUAUCAAGCGGAAUGGGAGGGUACCAAAAUCCAAGACCAACAUCAGAGAAAGAAAAACCAAGAAACAGGUUAUGGCCGAAGAGCAGAGGAGAAAGGCUUUGAGGCAAAGAAAAAUAAAACAGUCAAUGUCGGAAGCUCUUCCGCAGUCUACAUAUGAUCUGUGGUCAGGGAAAAAAAACACAAAAAACACAGAGGGUGAAGAAGUGGAGACUUUUUACCUUGAAUACACAAAGCAAAGAAGGGUUCAGCCUCCCAGCCAUUACCGAGAGAAGACAUCUGGGCUUCCAGCUGUGUCUGUCCCACAUCCAGGGGCGUCCUAUAACCCAGCCUUUGAUGAUCACCAGGAUCUGCUCAUGAAAGCUGUAGAAAUUGAAAAAUUGAAAGAAAAGAAGGAAAAGAAAUUAGAGAAGUCCCUGGAUGCUAAAUUCCCGUCCAAAGAGGAAGCUCCAACUGAGGAGACGUGGCUGUCUGAGAUGUCGGCUGGCCUUUUCGACGGGGAUGUGGCACAUGAAGACGAGGGCUCGUCAGAUGAUAAUGAUCGUCUGUCUGUCAAUCCUGCUGUUCGCAGAGAGGGCAAGAAAACAAGACGUCAGCGGAGAAUAGAGAAAGAGAGGAAGGCCCAGGAAAAAGCUCUUCAGCAAGCGAAAACAGAAAAACAAAGGAAACAAGAAUUAUUGAGGCUCAAAUCCAUCAAGACAGAAAUCAAAGCUCGGGAAUACAAAUUGGAACAACGGCAGAACAGGAAGACACAGCUGAGGACAUUGUACAAGGACAAGCCAAAAAGAUUGGGCAAAUUCAAAUUUGAGGAGCCAGAGAUCGAGUUAAAGCUGAGUGAUGAAUUGACAGGUUCACUGAGAGAGUUAAAGCCUGAAGGUCAUCUACUAGAGGACAGAUUUAAGGCAUUACAGAGAAGAAAUGUGAUCGAAACAAGAAAACGGGCUAAACUUGUAAGGAAAUACAAACCGAAGAAAUUUGAGAAAAAGGGUCAUAAAGCAGUGACGAUAUAACAACCAUGGAGAAGAUUGAAUCAGAAGACGUAAUAUGCAUUCAAAUACAAGUCUUGCAUUUUCUCCAUCGUAAAAUAUUCAUUUAUUAAAAUACCAUGCAAAAAAUA